AUGGAAAAAGAACACACAAGUAAUCGUCCAGCAAAUAAGUUUGUAGAUUAUUUUGAAGCUCAUAAGGAGAAGCAAAUAAGGGACAAAAUGAUUAAAGAAGUUCGAAAGCAAGCUUUUAUUGAUGGGGUGUAUGGUCAAAAUCCAAUUGAGUGGCAAAAUUUCUUAUCCAAAGAUGAAAUAUCCGCCAGUGUUCGUUCAGAAGGUCGUAGUCAUCGCGACGCCACACUUUCAGAAUGCCUAGAUGCCUUGAAAACAUGCAGUCUCCGUUUGUAUAGCAAUGUCGUCAAAGCUUUAUAUGAUGAUGGUCCGUACGUCAUAUCACCAGCCUAUCACAUGUUUCGUAAAACAUAUGCAGAAUGGAAAAGCAUGUCAUCAAACGAAAGAAAGUCGCACAUCUCAGCAUUCAUGGCUUAUAUUCCGACCGACGAUGUACUUCUGCGCUCCAGAGUUCGAAGUUCGACUUUGGCCAAUCGCGAUGACGAAGAAAUUGAAGAAACUAUUCCAAAUAUUUCCUUGUUGGAGGAUGAAACACCCGAUCAAGUCCCACCCAAGUCAACGGAUAGAGAAGAUGGUCUUGUGGUGUCACAACAAAUCUCGAAUUCUCCACCACCAAAUCACUCUGAUCCGUUCAAGCCGGUGGUUAAAAGCCAAAUCGUUCUCAACAAACCACGACGCAAGCUCUCAGUAUCGCUUGAAGAAGCUACAGUUCUAAAAGAUGUUUUGCCUCAUCAUCUCUUGGAAGAUGCUUUUCAUAAAGCCGAAGAACUAAUAAACGAACCCAAUUCCAUCACUAAAGCGGCUUCAGAUGAUGAUCGUUUACGCACUGUUAAAAGUCGUUAUGGAUCUGUACCGUUUGAUUGUUAAGCCCUUUCCGAAGAACAGAGAUCUUUUUCAGUGUACAUGUAAAAUCUAUAAAGCAUUGGAAAUCUGCUGUGACGCCAUUGCCGUCGCUGAUGAAGUCGGAGUUCUCUGCAACUACCUUUGUGCACUAAGAACAAAACUUGGAAAACGAAAGAAAAGUGGAAAAGGAGCCGUCAACAUUACAGCAGCUGUUCAAUCUGAUCUUAGCUCUUCAUUAAACGGACAAAAAAACUUUCUCGCAGAAAAUCCAAAUCCUUUCAAGAGUCGAUUGCAGAAGAUCUACUUCAGAGAAAACCAACUACAAGUGAUGGUUCCUUUGUUAUUGGAUCGGUAAACCAUUCCAAUAUCCAACAGUCAUCAUCCAUGAGUACGCCAGCCGGCUUGACUCGUUACCUUCCAUUCUUGUCGACGGCAUCCGUAUUCCAGUCAACAAACCAAUACGUCGUCAUUGGUGCACAAUCCUCUCUUGCUCCACUGAUGACUCCGCGUGAGCCAACCCUUACUUCGGCCGUACAGUACAGUAAUAGAGAUAGUGUUACAUUCCAACAGCCUUCUACGUCAUCUGCCACCUGCGGUCAGAUUCAAAGCCAGCCUUGCAUCGGCAUUCUGCAACCACAAUGUCGCCAAUUAAGUGGUGUUGAUAUACAGCAGCAUAGCAAUGCAAGCAAUCAUUUUGCUUCCUGGAAUUCCAGCAUGUCCCCAUACCGGUACGAAUUGGUUCUUUUACCAAAUUCUGUCACAAAAUGCUAUGGCUGUUAUCAAGAGUUCACCCAAGGAUAUCGAAUGCCACCUAAUAACCUGGUUGUUAGGCAUAUGGACAGAAGAAUAACUGGAUGUGACCAAAGCGGACAAUUGUUAUUUAGUCCAGACUUUAAAGCGACGUAUUAUCAUCCUGUUAAAGAGCAUAUUAUGCUAAAGAAUCCUGUAUUUGAUGGUCGUGUCAUUGUCGCUCCCGUUCUGUCUCAGAUGCUUUCACCAGACCAUCUUCAUGUUGUUAACAAUGUACUAAAUCUUGAUUUUAAUUACCUUCAGGAUAGCUAA